AUGCCCUCCAUCCCUCGACUCGCUUUCCUCUCCCUGGUCAUCUCACCUCUUGUUUGGGCUCAGCUGAAGACAAUCAACGUGAUCACCCCAGGUGUUACUCCAACCACCUCAGUCUCAUCGACAGACCUCGCCUCCUCCUCAUCAUCCUCAAGCUCGACAUCCAGCUCAACAACAACAUCAGCUCGACUCCCUACCUCCUUACCCAGCACCGCAACCACCCUUAGCAACCCACUAGACCUCACCACAAUCUUUACCCAACCCUCCGACUGCGCCGGCGGAAUAACCGAGAUAGCAGCCUGGUCCACCGAACUGUGGCAGAACAUCGUCAACCCGAUCCCCACCCUGUCGCUAUCCUCCUGCUACCCCAGCCAAUUCUACUCCAGCGCGAUAGCAACCACAAUCCUGCCACCGUACACCCAGCUCGUCUGUCCACUGGACUGGGAGACGUACAAUCUCACCGAGACGUAUCUCAUCUGCUGUCCGAGCGGGUACGGAGUUUACCUACCCAAUUACCACAAUGCGACGCGCCCGGGGCUGGGCGCCGUCUGCACGUCCAGCGUCUGGCCGAGCGUGUUGAUGGACAUUACUCGCUACGAUGCCGCGGGGAAGGUGACGGUGAUUCCGACCUCUGCGGGGGAGGAUGGGACGUUGGUGUUUGCGACGGCGUUUGAUGGGACGAGCGCUGCGGUUGUGGGUGAGGCUUCGGCUACGGCGGGGGGAGUCUCUGGCUCGUUGGGUGGGGGCUCUGCGGUGCGGCUGUUUGACGUCCUCGCUCAUGCUCUGGCUGAAUGUAUCAUGCAGACUAUCUGUGCUUGUACCCAACUCCAAGUGAAGGUUUAUUCCUGA